AUGCGGCCCAGGGCCUCCGCACUACCACGCCUGCGCCUGCGCCGCCGCCCGGCCGCCGCCCGGCGGUCCCUCGUGACGCUCGCCAUCGAGACCUCGUGCGACGACACGGCCGUCGCCGUCCUCGAGCACACCCCGACCCGCACGCGGCUGCUCUUCAACGAGCGCAUCAGCUCCGACCUGCGCGCCUACCGCGGCAUCCGCCCGGCCAUGGCGCUCGAGGGCCACCAGCGGACCCUCGCCGGGCUCGUCCGCGCCGCCAUCGCCCACCUGCCCGACCAGGGGCGGCAGCGCGGUCCCGACCUCGUCUCGGCGACGCGCGGGCCGGGCAUCCACGCCAACCUCGCGACGGGGCUCUUCACGGCCAAAGGCCUCGCGGUCGCGUGGGGCGUGCCGCUCGUCGGCGUGCACCACAUGCAGGCGCACGCGCUGACGCCGCGGCUCGUCCGCGCGCUGGGCAUGCCCAUGGCCGGGGAAGAGGAGGAGGCAGCUGCCUCCGCACCCGCAGCGACGGCGAGCGCGGCGUCCCCCCGUACGCAGACGCCCGAGUUUCCGUUCCUCACGCUCCUCGUGUCCGGCGGGCACUCGCAGCUCGUCCUCUCAUCGAGCCUGACGUCGCACCGCGUCCUCGCCACCACGGCCGACGCCGCCCUCGGCAACGUCCUCGACCAGACGGCGCGCGUCGUCCUGCCCGAGGCCGUCCUGGCCGCGAGCCCAGACGUCAUGUACGGCCGGCAGCUCGAGGCCUACGCCUUUCCCGACCCUCCUUCCGUCUCCGACCCCGCCUCCAGCUCCCCGUACGCAUUCUACAACCCGCCGCGCACCCGCGCCGAGGAGAUUGCCGACGCGGACACGGGCUACCCCUGGCGCGUCCCGCUGCCGAUGCGCACGACGCGCCGCCUCGCGUACUCCUUCUCCGCCAUCCACAGCACCGUCCACACCAUCGCCGCCGACCGCGCGGGGCGCAUGGACGACGCGGAGCGCAGGGCGCUCGCGCGGCACACCCAGCGCGCGGCGUUUCAGCACCUCGCGAGCCGGCUGUGCCUCGCCCUCGAGGACGACGGGCCCGCGCGGGCGGCCACGACGCUGGUCGUGGCCGGCGGCGUGGCGUGCAACAAGUUUCUGAUGCACGUGCUGCGGACGACGCUCGAGGCGCGCGGGUUCCUGUCGUCCGGCGGCGGCGGCGACGGCAGCGGCAUACGGGAGGUUGUCGCGCCGCCGGUGGCGCUGUGCACCGACAACGCGGCCAUGAUUGCGUGGGCGGGCAUGGAAAUGUACGCCGCGGGGUGGCACUCGGAUCUUGAUGUCGUGCCGGUGCCCAAGUGGCCGCUGGACCCGAGCGUGAGGCUGCCGGAGAAGCAUGGCGGCGGGCCGGGCGGCCUGAUGGAGAUUGGCGGGUGGCUGCGGUGGAAGUAG